AUGGAGCAUCCAGGUGGAUUCGCUUCGUCGCCAUGGGCCGCCAUGCUGGGCCACGGCAUGCACGGCAUGAUGCAGCAUGACUACACCCAUGCUCAUGCACAUGCGUCCAUGCCAAUGGAUCUGCAUGUGCCGCAGGCGUUCCCUUAUUACCGGUAUCGCGAUGACGCGUUAUGCUGGUCAGACAGGAAACCAUCGGUAGAUGGUGUUGGAAACGCUUCUUCAGUCAACAGCCGGUGA